AUGUCUAAUGCAUCGCGCAGCAGCAGGCAGCAGUGCUGGGACAAUCGCGACGAGUACUAUGCUUGCUUAACCCGCCACAACAUCAUUGCUCCUCCCGGCACGGACAUGGCCGACGUUAAAGGCCCCUUGGGCCGCGGUGAGUUUGCCGAGGCGCGGUCCGAGGCCGAGCGGCAACGAACUGUAGACAUAGAGCGCCAGCAGGAUCCGUGCUCUGCACAGCGCGACAUGUACGAGCGCACCUGUGCAUCAAGUUGGGUCGAUUACUUUAACAAACGCCGCAUCCUUGACGAGCGCCAGAAAAAAUUCUACGCCGACGCGGAGGCGCGCGUCCGACGCUAG